UAUAAAAAACUUGUGAAUAAAAAUAGAAGUGUUAAAAAUAUAAGACAUAUUUGAAAUGGAUAUAAAUCUGAACGUAUUCACCCUAAACUGUUGGGGCAUUCCUGUGAUCUCUAAGAACCGCAAGGAGCGAAUUGAGGCCAUUGUGACAUACCUUGUGAACAGCUCCCAUAAUGUUGUGUGCCUACAAGAAAUUUGGAGUGAAAAAGACUAUUUGUACAUAAAAGAGAAUUUAAAAAAUGUGCUGCCAUAUGCUCAUUACUUUUACAGUGGAGUACUAGGUUCAGGCCUUUGUGUAUUUUCCAAAUGGUUAAUUUACGACGUGUUCUUCCACCAAUGGCCAUUAAACGGGUACAUUCAUAAGAUACACCAUGGGGACUGGUUUGGGGGCAAAGGAGUUGGCCUGUGCAGACUUAAAUGCAAUGACGUAAUGAUCAAUGUUUAUUGUACUCAUCUUCAUGCAGAAUACCAUGAAGACGACAUUUACCUGGCACAUAGAAUGCUGCAGGCGUAUUCUACAGCUGAAUUCGUGAAGCUCACAACACCCUCAGCUGACAUGUCCAUUCUAGCAGGAGAUCUGAACACCGCGCCUGGGGAAUUGUCUUAUAGAAUGAUAACUCAGCUAUCCUCUCUGAUGGAUCCAUUCGACAUGAAGUGCGAAGCAACCGAUCCAUCGAUAAAGAAAGAGUUGGGGACUUGCGACACCGCGAACAAUAGCUACUCCGACAGUAAAAAUACCAAGUUGUCGCCGGAAGGGAAAAGGAUUGAUCACAUUUUGUUUAAAACAAAAGACAAUUGGGAGGUGAAUAUUUUGAACUUCGGAAAUCCUUUACAAAAUCGUGUACCUGGCCAGCCGUUUUCAUACUCCGAUCACAACGCAGUGUCCUUGGAACUGCAGCUAAAACCAUCACAGAAGACGCCGCACCAAAGAUCUUACAGCCGAGAGAACGAGUUUUGCGAAACUGUGGCCGAGGCCAUGAAAGUUUGCGAAGAGGCUACCGAGAGCAUAUCAAAGACUAAAACGCUUUACUUGACUGUAGGAGGUUUACUAUUUAUGUUUCUGUUAGGUACUGUAGGGUUCUGGCCAAAUAAUGUUCUGUAUGACGUAACAAAACUUGUGGUAACCGCUUUAAGCUUGUAUUGCCUUCUUAUGGGGUCCAUAUGGAAUAAAAUAGAAAUGAACAGCUUGAAAGCCGGUCUGACGUCAUUGGAAAACUUCAGCAAGAGCAGGUUUGAUAAUACUGUUUGCUAGCGUAAAGGUUCUGAUUAGAUAAAUAAGGAAAAGUAAUUUUUAUAAACAUAUGCAAUGACAUAUCUUCAAAUUUUAGACAAAAAAAACAUUUUUUAUUCAGCACCAUUAUGAUAUACAUUCCGCUUAAUUUUCAAGUUCAUAAAUUACAAUAAUUUUAGUCUGCCACGUCACAUAAUCAUAUAUUUAUAUUAUUACUAUUUUUAUCAACUAGAAUACAAUUAACUACUUAAGUAUUUGAAACUUAUAAAUGCUCAUAUUUUAUGAAACUGAUUGUGAUGUACUAAAUUAAUUACUAAAUAAUUAUGUAAAACUUAAGUAUUGUAUCUUAUUGCA